AUAAUGGUCUAGUCAGUAAUGGUUGCCCCUUCAUCGGAGAUAUAGAUUUCUGUAAAUGCAGAGAUGAGUGAACUGAAGGAUUGCCCCCCAUUAAAGUACUAUGACUUCAAACCUGUGGACCAUGUGAAAGUGUGUCCACGCUACACUGCAGUGCUCAGCCGCUCAGAGGAUGAUGGCAUUGGCAUUGAAGAGCUCGACACGCUUCAGCUGGAGCUGGAAACACUCUUGUCCUCUGCGAGCCGACGUCUCCGAGCACUGGAGGAACAGAGACAGAUUCUUACAGAUUGGCAGGACAAGAAAGGGGACAAAAGGUUUUUGAAAUUAGAGAAAGAUCCGGAUCUUGCAGCCUCUUCUCGACAUUCCAAGCCCAAGAAACAGAAGCUUGAUGUAAAAGGAAGUCAUGGUCCGGGACCUGGACCUGGCAGACCAAAGUCUAAAAACAUUCAGACCAAAGUGCAGGACUUUGAAUUUGAAGUGGACCCCCAAGAUAUACCCCGUAAUCCCAAAAAUGAUGCUCCCAACAGGUUCUGGGCCUCGGUGGAGCCUUACUGUGCUGACAUCACAAAUGAAGAGAUCCGCGUUCUAGAAGAGCUGCUCAAAGCCCCUGAUGAUGAAGCCGAGUACUACAAGAUCCCAACUCUUGGAAAACAUUAUUCUCAACGCUGGGCUCAAGAAGACCUGUUAGAAGAGCAAAGAGAAGGGGCACGAGCCAACGAUAAGAAGAAAAGCAUGAUGGGUCCACUUUCUGAACUUGAUGCUAAAGAUGUAGAUGCCCUCCUGAAGAAAUCUGAGUCUCAGCAUGAGUCUCCAGAGGACGGAUGCCCCUUCGGUCCGCUCACUCAGCGACUUCUACAAGCUCUUGUUGAGGAGAACAUCAUAUCUCCUAUGGAGGAUUCCCCCAUUCCAGACAUUCCAGGGAAGGAUGAUGGAGCUGGUACGUCACCUCGUAGCCAGGGGAAAGCCUUCAGUGUACCUCACACACGCUCUCUGGAGGCUCGUAUAAGAGAAGAGCUGGUGUCUCAGGGGCUGCUGGACUCUGAUGAGAGGCAAGGGGUCGGAGGAGAGUCUGAAGAUGAGGUGCUGGCCGAACUGCAGAAAAGACAAGCUGAACUUAAAGCACUGACCGCACACAACCGCUCACGCAAACUGGAGCUGCUCAAGUUGGCCCGGGAAGAGAUGCGCAAGCAGGAGCUUCGUCAGCGGGUGCGAGUGGCGGAUAAUGAGGUUAUGGAGGCCUUCCGUCGCAUCAUGGCAGCCAGACAAAAGAAACGCACUCCAACAAAAAAAGAGAAAGAUCAGGCGUGGAAAGCUCUGAAGGAGAGAGAAAGUAUCCUCAAACUUUUGGACGGAUGAAUACGAGUGGCAGCUAUAAUAUGAUUCAUUAUGCAUUUUCUCUCCUGUGUUUGUUGGACACAUCAUACAUAAAACUUCAGACAACUUGAAGAACAUGUAAAUGAACAGUUAAUAUAUUGUUCUUAUGUUUUGACUACUCACUAUCUAAUAUAAUACCUGACAUGACUAGCUGAAUAAAGGUGUUUGACACUACAAGUUUCAAGUGACACUUGACAUUACUGAUGCCAGAAGUAUGGCAACUUGAGUUUACUUGUUUUUCUUUUCCUUUAUUUCAUUAUGUUUUUGCCUUUCUGUACAGUUCCCACAUGCAGCUGAUUUCAUACAAUACAAUUUGUUCACCUUCAUACUGUUUUAAACUGGCACAAUUUACUUUUUGUUUGUGGAACAAAAAAUAAAUGAGGAAAAAUGGUAACCAGAAUAAGAAUGUCAUAAACACUGAGGUAUUUUAGAAUAAAAUAGUAUAUAUGUUGUGUUACACAGAAGAGGGAAAUACAUAUUGUAGGUUUGGAAUGACGUGAGGAUGAUGAAAUCGUGACAGGAUUAUUUUUGGGUGACAACAUGAGUGGCAACACCACAACAUAUUUUUGACAUUUUUGUUACAACCUGGCAUAGACCAAGAAGAUAACGUGUUAUUUCGAGUUUUUUAUAUGUUUAAGAAAGAAAUAAUGCUUUUUAUAAAUGUAAGAGUUUGUAAAGUAAUGCAUAUUUACCCGUUUAUUCCAGGCUUUGUUAAAUUCAGUCAUAUCAUUUUGACAUUUUGUAAACUUUUCAACCAUUUUAUUGCUGUUGCAUGUUUGUGUUUUUGAAAAUAAAACGAAGCUUUGAUAAAUU